CCUAAGGUCACACGCACUGGCAUCCCAAGACGCGUGUCAUUCCGAGUCCUGACGUUCAUGUUGCCGUCUCUAUCCCAAGGAAGGAAUAGCAAGUAAUAUUACGUAGCGCUCGCGGUUUGUGCCAGUUUGGCACUUUUUGUCGACGCAGGCAGGCAGGCAGGCAGGCACGGACAGGGGCAAUCCUGGGGGGCUUCCGACAAACGUGCAGCUACGACUUACCCAGCAAAUUCUGAGCGCACACAUCAAUCAAUAUGCAGCUAUCUCUAUCUCCGGCAUUUUCUGUGGCCCCGAAGCCCGUGUCUUGCAAGCGUACCGUGUCGCUCGCUGCGCCUAGGUCGCGCUAUGGUGUGCCCCGUCGCCUUUCCAUGGUCCGCGCGACUGACGACGCUUCGGACCCGGUGCCCAAGGCCAAAUCCGGCGCUUCCACUGACGCCGACAUGUUUGCCAGCAAGGAUCUGAUUGAGGACGUGUUGGACACAAGCGAGCUGGGCAGCCGCGGCGAGGGCUGGUUCGUGGCGCAGCUGGCCGCGUUUGCAGUGCUGCUGUUCCCGCCCGCGGGGCUGACGGGAGCAGUGGACUCGCUGGCGCUGCUCUGCCUGGUGUCGGGCCUCACGCUUGCCUCCAUCUCGCUGUACAACCUGGGCCCCAGCCUCAGCCCGCUGCCCAAGCCGCGCAAGAACCACGCCCUCGUCACCGACGGCCUCUACGCCCUGAGCCGCCACCCCAUGUACGGCGGCGUGCUGCUGGCGGCGCUGGGGCUGUCCGUGCUCAGUCACAACGAGACACGCCUGCUCACGACCAUCGGGCUGUGGUGGAUCCUGGACAACAAGGCCAACCUGGAGGAGAAGGCGCUGGAGGAGCUGUACCCCGAGUACCCGCAGUACAAGGCCAAGGUGAAGAAGUUUAUCCCCUACCUGUUAUAAUGGACCUGGUUCCGGGGCCACCGCGGUGGUUAAAUAUCUGCAGUCUCCCAAGCAUGAUGUCAGCCAGUCAUUGCGUGCAGCGGCGGUAGACAGCGUGUUGCAGCGUGUUGCAAGCGGCUGCGCAGUGAUUGUUGUCGCGUCAAAAGCUGGUACCCCUUUGUGUUCCAGUGGGCAGUCGUGAGAGCGUGGUGAUAGUCUAGCCCACCAAGGCUCGGCAUGUGACGUACUGCUGUGCAGCUCUAGUUCUUGAGUGCUACAGGGUGGGCAAGGCGGGCCGGGUGGGGCGCUGCUCCUGUGUUUGUGGUGCGCUCCGCUCCUGUCCACUGCGAUCCUGUGCGUGACGGGGGCACUGGGGCAUGUACGGUAAUCCGGACCGGUGCGCCGCCAGGCGGGACCGUGCAGUUGUAAGGUGUGGCUCAA